AUGAAUAGCAGAGGUGGUGGAGUCUGUAUUUAUGUAAAUGACCUAAUUGAUUCAUUUGAAGUCAAUAAUGAACCCUAUAAUAAUAAAGAUAUUGACCAGAUAUGGUGUACCAUUAAAAUGAGCAAUGAAUGCAUAUUAUGUGGCUGUAUUUAUAGACCAGGAAGUGAUGAUUUAGUAAACUUUCAAAAUGUAAUCAAUUCUAUUAAAGAAAAUUUAGUAUUUACAGCUUCUCCUUUUCGCAUAUCCAGCUUGGUACAUAAGGAUCCUUUGGGGAAAACAAAAAGAGGUCAUCAUGUUUUAAAUUUUAAUUUUAAUUAUCAAUUACAUAAUCGCAAAAAUGAAAGUAUUACUACAAAGCGAGUAUACAUGAAAGGAAAUUAUCAUGAAUUUUCAAAAUAUUUAAAUAAAUUUAACUGGAGUCAUGAGUUUACUGGACUUAAUGUUGAUCAGUGUUAUGAAAGUUUUAUUAGAACUAUUGAAUACGGCUGUAAAGAUUUCAUACCGUCAUUUAAUCAAAAAACAACUGAAAGCAAAAGAUCCUUAUGGAUGAAUAAAGAAUUAAAACACGAAAUUCGACUUAAGCAAUCAAAAAAAAAUCCAAAACAAGUUUAUGCUUAUAUUAACAGUAAACUAAAAGCUAAAGACCAUAUAAGAGCAAUUUCAAUUGAAAACAAUGAAAUAUCAACUGACAGUCAAGUUAUUGCUAAUCAGUUAAAUCGGUUUUUCAAUUCUGUAUUCAUAAACGAAAGCCUAACUAAUAUGCCUACAUGUGAAAAUAUAGCAGAAAAAAUUUACCCAACCCCAUUGUUUAAUGAGAAAGAUAUUAAAAAACGAUUACUGAAUCUAAAUGUGCACAAGUCCCCAGGUAUCGAUAGAAUUCAUCCAAUGUUUUUAAGUAAGUGUGCUGACAGUUUAGUUAGACCACUCUGUAUGAUAUUUAACCAAUCAUUUCUAACUGGAACAUUGCCUACAAGCUGGUUAGAAGCAAAUAUCACUCCAAUUUUUAAAAAUGGGGAUAGGUUGAAUGCAGGUAACUACCGUCCAAUUUCAUUGACCUCUGUUGUUUGUAAAGUAAUGGAAAGUAUUGUUAAGGAUACAAUAAUGAACCAUUUAAAUAAAAAUAAGUUAUUAAUACCAGAACAACACGGAUUCAUUAAAUCAAAAAAUUGUGUAACAAACCUUCUCGAGACAUUAGACAUAAUAACAGAAGCAAUAAAUUGUAGAAAAUGUGUUGAUGUUGCCUUUUUAGAUUUUUCUAAGGCAUUUGAUUCAGUUCCGCAUUCCAGGCUGCUCUUGAAACUUAAGUCAUUUGGUAUUGUCGGAAAAUUGUUGCAAUGGUGUUUUUUAGCAAAUCGAAAACAGAGAGUUGUUUUGGGACUGUUUGAAUCAGAAUGGGAAACAGUUCGUAGUGGGACGAAUUUUAAUAAAGAUAAAUGUAAAAUCAUGCAUUUUGGUCGUGAUAAUCAGAAAAUAAAGUAUAAUUUAAAAUAUAAUGCUACAGAAACAAAGAUUAUUCAACAUGGACUAAUAGUAACGUCAUUGGAAAGAGACCUUGGUGUUUAUAUUUCAGAUAAUUUAAAAUGGGAAGACCACAUUGAAAAAAUGAUAUAA